AUGAAUUCCUCAGUGGAAAACAGCAUAUGUAUAAACAAAGUAUGGGUUCAAUGUGAGAAUGAAAGUUGUUUGAAAUGGAGACUGUUAUCAAAUGAGGAUAAAGCCAAAGUCAAUCACAAUGAACCAUGGUACUGCUUCAUGAACACUGACUCAAAGUACAAUAAGUGCUCUGUUUCUGAAGAAGACUUUCCUGAAGAGUCUCAGCUUCAUCAAAAUGGAUAUAGGAUCGUCUAUUCACAGCUCCCUCUUGGAAGCCUGGUUUUGGUAAAAUUAAAGAAUUGGCCAAGUUGGCCAGGGAUACUUUGCCCUGACCCUUUUAAAGGGAAGUAUGUGACCUAUGAUCUGGAUGGAGAUGUUGAAAAAUAUCACGUAGAAUUCCUGGGUGAUCCCCGUUCGAGAUCAUGGAUAGAUGCGGCAUUUGUUGGACAUUAUAGUAUCACAUUAAAGCCAGAAAAAUGUAAGAAAAAUAAGUGGUAUAACAGUGCCCUACGAGAAGCAUAUCUCCUCUAUGGAUUUUCUCAUGAGCGAAGACUGGAAAGAUGCUACCUAUCAAAACAGGACAAAUCCAAAGCAGCUGGCAGACUUACUGUGGUGGCCAAGAAAAGGGUGCAAAUUUCCAAAAAUAAAACUGAAAAGAAAAAUCCCAAAUUUGGAAAAAGGAAAAGGAAAGCUGUUUUAAAAUCCUCUUUUGAAAAUGUUUGUUCAGAUGAUGCCUUAUCAAAAGAAAACAUGGUUGUCUCUGAGACAGAAUUUUUACUGAAAGAGCUGGAGCAAAUGCUAGAGCAAGCUCUGGAGCACACAACCACCCACAAGAAGUCUGAAGAGGAGCACGGAGAGGAAGCGAAUAUAGGAGAAAAGUUACCUAAAUGUGGCCCUGAAGUUCCUGUAGGCAGCUCUCUUGAAAACCACUGUGAAGAGGACUGUCUUAUAAUUGAUGGGCGAAGGUUAAAAGCUGGAGAAUGUAUUGAAAAUAUAACUAAGAAGUUUAAAGAAAUAGAUGCUUUGAUGUCUGAAUUUUAA